CUUCGAUCAAAUUUUUUUUUUCCUACAUUUCUUUUGGAGAAAAACACACAAUCUAUUGCAUCACAGUUAUCUUCCCUACUAGGAGGGUGCGCAAGGAUUGUUGAUUGCUUUUCCAACAUUCAUACGAGGGAGAAAGUCGAUAUAGAUGAAUGUCGUCACGGCCCGGGCAUUCCCAAUCGGAUGCCAAUUCCGACCACAUGUCCAAGAGCAGGGCCACCAGCCCUGUCCCUGCCUCCUCCCCCGGCGGCGGCCCCACCACCCCCGACAACUCCGUCAAGAACAACAAGAAAAAGAAAUCGAUCAUCCCCAAGAUUUUUGGUUCCAAAAGAGGCGGCAAGGGGAACUCAGAUGGUGACGUUUUAAGAUCAGAAACAGAUGAAAUCGUCCUCGAUGUUGAAAAUAAUAAGAUGAUUGCUGCCAGGAGAAAGGCAUUCUUGGACGCGUCUCCUCGCAUGAGGAAGAGUUUCUCAGAAAGACAGACAAAUAGAAGGAUCGAAGGUCUAAACCUGUCAAGCUUCGAAGUCUCUAUGGCCCCAGCAACAGAAGUUAAAGAAGUCCGCAUCUUUGUUGGGACAUGGAACGUCGGCGGCAAGACCCCCAACAGCAGCCUAAACCUCGAAGAUUUCCUCCAAGUUGAAGGGUCCUCCGAUGUAUAUGUUUUGGGGUUUCAGGAAGUUGUUCCUCUAAGUGCAGGGAACGUGCUGGUACUGGAGGACAACGAGCCUGCAGCAAAAUGGCUUGUCCUGAUAAACCAGGCCCUUAACAGGCCAACCCAUGACUCGUCAGAUUUGAGCAAUAAUGGCACGAAAUCAUUAAAUAGCUCCAAGUUCUUCCAUAAGCCAUCCUUGAAGGUCCUCAGCCGGAACUUCCGGGCCGACGGGAGCCUCCUGAAGUCGUGCAAUUGCCCCACGGAACAAUACUCACCCAUCGGGGAGAGACAGAGGCAUAGAAACCUGAGCGAUCCAAGCAACCGGCCCAAGUACAUGUCUUUCCAGGGCAGGGUUGAUAGUGGCGUAGAUGAUAUGAUAUCUGCUGCUGCGGAUUUUCCUCUGAGUCCAACCUCCUCUGCCGGGGGCGGGAUGCGCUACCGGCUCAUUGCAAGCAAGCAGAUGGUCGGGAUAUUCCUGACGGUGUGGGCACGGAGCAAGCUGGUGCCACACAUCGGUCAUCUUAGAGUCAGUUCUGUUGGGAGAGGAAUCAUGGGCUGCCUUGGAAAUAAAGGUUGUAUCUCCAUGAGCAUGUCGUUGCACGAGACAAGCUUCUGCUUCGUGUGCAGUCACUUGGCUUCAGGGGAGAAAGAAGGCGAUGAGCUGAGGAGGAAUGCUGACGUGACGGAAAUCCUCAAGAGCACGCAGUUCUCCAAGGUCUGCAAAAACUCUGACCGCCAAGAACCCGAGAGAAUCAUCGACCAUGACCGAAUAAUUUGGAUGGGAGAUUUGAAUUACCGGGUUUCUCUAAGCUAUGAGGAGACGAGGACUUUACUGGAGGGUAACGACUGGGAUGCCUUGCUCGAGAAGGAUCAGCUAAACAUGGAGAGAGAAGCAGGGAGAGUGUUCAGCGGCUUUAGGGAGGGAAAGAUCCUCUUCGCACCGACCUACAAAUACUCCCAUAAUUCGGAUUCUUAUGCUGGAGAAACUGGCAAAUCCAAGAAGAAACGCCGCACACCUGCCUGGUGUGAUAGGAUACUUUGGCGAGGGCGUGGAAUUGAACAACUAUCCUAUGUGCGGGGAGAAUCAAGAUUCUCAGAUCACAGGCCCGUCUGCUCUGUAUUUUCGGUGGAAGUUGAAGUGAGAAGUAAGAAAAUGAAGUUCCGAAAAGGUUACUCGUGUGCCGGUACUAGGUUGGACUAUAAUGACUGUAUACCUCAGAAGCAUAGCUUUUAUGAAUUUUGAGUGGAGCGCUCCUCAUCUGUUUUUGCUUCUUCAAUUUUUGCGGAACUUGGUCUAACUUGACCAAGUUUGGGAAAAAUUUUGUGGGAAAAGCCACCGCUUAAAAGUCUAUACAAUUGAUUUUUUUGUUUCCAGAAUGGACUAGAUCGAAAACGAGCAAUCAAUGUAAGAUCAAAAUAUAUAUGAUGCCGAGUGUUUUGUUCAA